AUGGUGAACACUCGAAAGGGAACCUACAAGUCCACUAAGGAAGUGCCUGAACCUCCGAGUCCAAGAGCAGUUGUGCAUGGCAUACGAGUUCAUGGGCAGCGAUUCAAAAGCACUCUGCCACGGAGACCGUAUAAACUUCCGUCUGAAAAAGCACAUGCAGACAUUUCUAGUGGUUUGUCUGAAUUGAUACACGAAGAAAUAGUUUAUGGGAAUGUUAUGAAGGAUGUCGAAACUGCACCAGCUGCAUCUGAGGCUCGUCUCUCUGACGUGGACUCUGAUGACCUAGAUGAUGUACCUCUGGCCCGAUUAGUGAAGAAGGUUACUGCACCUAAUGUUGUUCCUAAAAAUGUUAAUGAUAAUGUCUUGUCUGAUCAAUCCCAAGAGAGCUCAUCGUCUGAGGGUGUGUUCGUCCCUACCCCUGGUCUUCGUCAAAUGGAUCAUAAUGAAGAAGUUCAUGUUGCUGAUUCUGUCGAUUCAAGUGCUCAACAAGAAACUACUUUAGUUCCUACAGAACCAAAGCCAUCUAGGAAGAAAGGUCAACAACUUCAACGAAACAUUACCACUAAAGCUGGUCGAAAGAAAAUUCCUCUCAAUAUUCCAUCUGUCCUAAUUGAUGGUAUAUUUUUUCAUCUUGAAGAAAAUGUACAGUGUUGGAAGUUUAUUAUGCAACGGCGGAUAGCAGACGAGGUAAAUGUUUCAGAUAAAUAUCAUUCAUGUGUGAGCAUUAUAAAUCUUAUUGCCAAGGCUGGACUAUCUAAAACUAUUUCUGAUGUGGGCCCGUUCUAUCCUCAACUUAUUAGAGAAUUUGUAGUUAAUUUGCCAACUGAUUUCAAUGACUCAAGUAGCCCGGAUUAUCAAACGGUCCAUAUUAGGGGCUUUAAAUUUUCAAUUACUCCGGCUGUUAUAAAUGGUUUUCUGGGUAAUGCUGUCUCCAUUAACUUUGCUCCAUCAUCCCCGUCAACCGAUGUUUUGGCUUCUGAAUUGUCUGGAGGGACAUUAUCCUCGUGGCCUUUGAAUGGUAUACCUGUUGCUGUGUUAAGUGUUAAGUAUGCAAUACUGCAUAAAAUUGGUAUUGCCAAUUGGUUUUCUUUAUCUCAUGCCUCUAGUGUUUCUGCUGCGUUGGGCACCUUCUUGUAUCGCAUCUGCAAUGAUGACAGGGUAGACGCUGGUGCAUUUAUCUACAAUCAGCUAUUAAGGCAUGUAGGAUACUUUGGAGUCAAGCUUCUGAUUGCUCUACCAAGGUUCUUUUCGGGGUUACUGCUACAUUUAAAUGCUGCUAUAUUGACCACUUUGGACGAAUUGGCUUCAAGAUUUCUAAAUUCUCUUACAGCUGAGUCUCGUUCACUAGCUACUGCCAUUAGUCUGAUGUCUGAACGGCGUUUGAAAAUUGACUCUCUUAUUCGGCAUCUGAAGACUUUUGCUCCUUCUUCAAGCCAAGGGAACCCCAAUACUGAUUGA